AAAGUAUUGCCUUUGUACAAAAGUCUCCAGUAGAGCAGUACUAUCUCUAUGUCUUUACGCAUCCAGUUGUACGACAGCCUCCUCUCAACAAACCCCAGAAGGCUAACACCCCAGCGAGCAAGCCACCGAGUUUACCACGACACGGACCGAAACCAUACACGACGACACGCGCGCCGGCGCCAUGGGCCUCCCCGGCCGGCGCAACCCGGUGCUGGGCGCGAGGCGCGCGGCGGCGUCCCUCCGGAGGAGCGGCCGGCUGCCCGUCUACGUCGCCGGUGUCUUCUUCGUCGCCUCCGUCUUCCUCAUGUUCCGCGACGAAGUCCUGUAUCUGACGACGGCAAGGUCGCCGUCGUUGCCGACCGCGGGAUCAUCCGCCGGAGCCGGGCUCGCCCUGCGGGAGGAGCCAUCUGUCAGCAAGCCCGUCUUGCGUGGUCACGGCGGCAAGCCGGAGAAGCACCACAGCGUGACGGAGAGGCACCGGAAGGUCAGCGCGAGGAGGAGGCCGAGGAAGAAGGCGACCAAGGCGGCGAGGAAGAAGGUCAUGGCGUCGCCGGUCGCCGCCGGAGCCGAGCUGAACGUCCCCGAGACGUGCGACCUGUCCAAGGGCAAGUGGGUGUUCGACAACGCGACCUACCCGCUGUACCGCGAGGAGGCGUGCGAGUACCUGACGGCGCAGGUGACGUGCACGCGGAACGGGCGGCGUGACGACGGCUACCAGAAGUGGCGGUGGCAGCCGAGGGACUGCGACCUCCCCCUCGCCUUCGACGCGAGGCUCUUCAUGGAGCGGCUCCGCGGGAAGCGCCUCAUGUUCGUCGGCGACUCGCUGAACCGCAACCAGUGGGAGUCCAUGGUGUGCCUGGUGCGGCCGGCGCUGUCGCCGGGGAAGAGCUACGUGACCUGGUGGGACGGCCAGCGCGUCGUCCUCCACGCCUGGGAGUACAACGCGACGGUGGAGUUCUACUGGGCGCCCUUCCUCGUCGAGUCCAACUCCGACGACCCCAAGGCGCACAGCAUCCGGGACCGCGUCAUCAAGCCCGAGGCGAUCGCCGCCCACGCCGGCGACUGGCUCGGCGUCGACUACCUCGUCUUCAACACGUACAUCUGGUGGAUGAACACGCUCAACAUGAAAGUCAUGAGGCCAACGGGGAAGACGUGGGAUGAGUACGACGAGGUGGGUCGGAUCGAGGCGUACAGGAGAGUGCUCGACACAUGGGCGACAUGGGUGAACGACAACGUCGACCCGGCGCGCACGUCCGUGUUCUUCAUGAGCCUGUCCCCUCUUCACAUCAGCCCGGAGGCGUGGGGAAACCCGGGCGGGGUGCGGUGCGCGAAGGAGACGGCGCCGGUGCGGAACUGGCGCGGCCCGCUGUGGCUGGGCACGGACUGGGACAUGUUCCGCGCGGCGGCGAACGCGUCCCGCGCCGUGGGGCGCGUCCCCGUCACGUUCGUGGACGUGACGGCCAUGUCGGAGCUCCGCAAGGACGGGCACACGUCGGUGCACACCAUCCGGCAGGGCAGCGUGCUGACGCCGGAGCAGCAGGCCGACCCGGCCACGUACGCCGACUGCAUCCACUGGUGCCUCCCCGGCGUGCCCGACGUCUGGAACCUCAUGCUCUACGCCCGGAUCCUCUCCAGGCCGCCGCCGCCGCCGGCGCCGGCGGCCGGGCUCGUGGUGGCGUGACCGACCAUACGUGUGCAAAGCUAGAGAGAUCGACUGUUUGUUUUUUUUGUUUGUUUGUUGAUGGGUUGCCUUGCCGUGCGCUUUUGUUGCUUUUCAAGUGUAUUUUAUCAGCUGCGACUGCGAGGAAAGGAGGUGGUUGUUGGCGAGUUUGAUGGCCAUGUGACGCGACAUUCUUGACCGGAUCGGCGGAUUGUGUGGCACGAGUUAAGCGGGGAGAAGAUGCAGUAGUAGUUACAUGGUUCAACUUUCAAGUGGCGUUGCGACGUGGCGUGAUUGCGCGCCGCACCGUAAACAGGAGGGCAGAAAAAAAUAUGACAGCGACACACGGCAACCAACUCAACCAAGAUGUAGUUUAGCACACAGCUUAUUUCCUGUAAUACGUGACACAUUUUCAGAUUUUUUUCUCAAA